AUGUUGCCAAGAGCAACCUUGUGGUGGCAGGGGCCUGCGUUCCUGCAACGCAGCGAGAGCCACUGGCCAAUUGGCGAGCUCCCUCACUUAGAAGACGAGCUUCCAGAAAGGCGAGCAACACUGGCAACCACAGCCAUUCUACAACCUUCAAUAGUCGACGACUUAAUGUCCAAAUAUUCCAGUUUGGAUAAAGUAUGUCGUAUAUUAGCCUUUUGUUUCAGAAUUUGUAAAAAAUCACGUUUAACUGGUUCGGUUACCCCAUCUACCUUCAUUUCUCCUAACGAGAUGUCGCACGCAUUAAGGAUAGCUUGCAGAACGAUCCAAAAACACACCUUCGUCGAAGAAUAUCGAAGUCUGAGCAAAGGCGCCCCGAUCAACACAUCAAGUAAAAUCCUUACCAUGUCCCCCUUUCUAGACGAGGACGGACUGAUACGGGUAGGCGGAAGACUAAAAAAUUCGGAACUAAACGCCGAGGCGCGCCAUCCCAUCCUCCUCCCAGCCAAGCACGAGCUAACAAAACGCAUAAUUCAACGCGAACAUAUACGUAACAAACAUGCGGGAACUCAAGCCACUAUGGCCUUCGUGAGGCAGCAAUUUUGGCCUCUAUCCUUACGCUCCACUACGCGGAAAGUCACGAGAAAUUGCGUAACGUGUUUCAAAUCCAAACCAGUACAUUCGGAAGCAAUUAUGGGAUCAUUACCCAGCGGUCGCGUUACAGCCUCCAAACCGUUUUCGCAUUGCGGCGUCGAUUACGCCGGUCCGGUGAGCUUGAAGGAAGGCAAGCGCCGUAAUGCCCGUAUUCACAAAGCCUAUAUCUCAAUAUUCGUCUGCUUCGCCACGAAAGCAGUCCACAUAGAAUUAGUAAGCGACCUCACGUCGGAGGCCUUUUUAGCCACGCUACGAAGAUUCAUAGCGCGAAGAGGGAAGCCGGUGUGUAUGUACUCCGAUAACGGAACAAAUUUUGUCGGUGCAAAUAAGCAAAUAAAGGAACUCUAUGAUCUUGUCGCCGGAGAACAAACUCAGGAAAGCGUUAAAAAUUUCCUUCGCGAUCAAGAAACGUCAUGGUCCUUUAUACCACCUAACGCGCCCCAUUUCGGGGGAUUGUGGGAGGCGGCCGUAAAAUCCGCUAAGUAUCACCUGUCGCGUAUCGUUGGCCAAGCUCAUUUAACAUUUGAGGAAAUGACAACAGUACUUUGCGAGAUAGAAGCUACUUUGAACUCUCGACCUCUCACUCAAUUAAGUAAUGACCCCAAUGAUCUAACUCCACUCACGCCGGGUCACUUUCUAGUCGGUGCACCGCUCAACAGUAUCCCUUCUCCUGACCUAAUAGAUGUAAGCGAGAAUAGAUUAACGCGCUGGCAAUUAGUCCAACAGCUCAAGCAGCACUUCUGGAAAAGAUGGAGCAUUGAGUACUUGAACUCCCUCCAGGAGCGCACCAAAUGGAAGAAGAAUCUAGGAGCAGCACUGGAGCCAGGACAACUCGUAAUAAUUAAACAACAGGGCUUGGCGCCCUUACAAUGGUUAGUGGGUCGGAUUCAGGAAGUUCAUCCCGAUUCCGACGGUAUUUCUCGUUCUGCUGUUGUAAAAACUAACAAGGGAAAUCUUGUACGGCCAAUAACCAAAUUGGCUAUAUUACCAAUUCACCAGUGA